GAGAAAAAGAAGACGAUCCCAGCGCAUGCCCGCUGUGCCACAUGUGGAGCGGUAGCCGUCAGACCAGACAGCAAAGAUUACCAGUCUGUGAUCAGCUCUGAUCGGGUCAGGAAGAAUGGCAGCAGGACCGGAAGCAAAACUGCAGCUGGUCCAGAAACACAUCCGAGCUUUUCCAGACUUCCCAAAGAAAGGGAUCCUGUUCAGAGACAUUUGUCCCAUCCUGAAGAGUCCAGCUGCCCUCACAGCAGUAACUGACCUGUUUGAAGAACAUGUGAGGAGCCGUCAGCUGCAGGUGGACCUGCUCGUUGGUUUGGACGCCCGUGGGUUCUUGUUUGGGCCCCUGCUCGCCCAGAGGCUGGGCGUUGGCUUCGUCCUGGUUAGGAAGAAAGGCAAGCUGCCCGGAGCCACGGUCAGCCUGGCUUAUGACCUGGAGUACGGCACGGCGGAGUUAGAGAUCCAGGAGGAUGCAGUGGCUCCAGGCCAGAAGGUUCUGAUAAUUGAUGAUCUUUUAGCUACAGGGGGGACGCUGCUUGCAGCCUGUGAGCUAAUGAAGAAGCAGCAGGCGGACAUCCAGGGCUGCAUGGUGGUCAUCGAACUCAAAGACCUGAAGGGAGCUGACCGUCUGAAGCCUCACAAUGUCUUCUCCCUUCUCCAGUACUGAGGAGCAGCACAGCGCCCCCUGUGGUUCGCCAGGACCACUGCGGCAUCUCCUGGUGACUACAGCCAAGAAAACAAGAAAGCCCCUAAGAGCUUAUCCUGAACCCCCGCUCCCUUUACACACCCUGGAUAAUGAAAGAGACUAACUUAGCGUUAAAUGUCUAAAAGUGGUCGACAGCACAGAUGGAUGGAAUUAAUCAUCCAUAAACUCUAUUCCAAUUGAAUUGUUGUAUCAGGACCAAAGCUCCCUCCUGCUAUAUGGAGCUGAGAUUUUCUUCUGUUCAGAUGCUGAAUCUUCUUCUUCUCCUUCUUCUCCUCCUUGAGGUCCUAGAUGGUUUACAUCUAGGAUUAGGUAUCAAGUCCUAGAUGGUUUACAUCUAGGAUUAGGUAUCAAGUCCUAGAUGGUUUACAUCUAGGAUUAGGUAUCAAGUCCUAGAUGGUUUACAUCUAGGAUUAGGUAUCAAGUCCUAGAUGCAAACCAAACUGUUUCUUCAUCUAUAAGAUAUAAAGUUUCAGGUUUAAAAUGACUUGAUGAUUUAAAGCUGGUGAGUCAAACUCAUUUUCAUUUUGGGCCCCAUCAAGAUCAUGAAUGUCUUUAAAGGGACGAUUGUGGCAGAACGUAUAGAUAAAAGUACCUUUUAGUAAAGUUUUAAAAUAUAGCUUUCUCUGGAUUCAGUUUGUAAUUCUUAAUAAAUAUUUUUGUUUUAUUAAA